AUGCACAUCUCUUCUCUCUGCACCCCUGGCCCACGCCAGGACUUUGGUAACCGUGACGCCUUCAGGCUGCUGGACACCUACAAGGACACAGCCUGCGUUUUCAAUGAUGACAUCCAAGGCACUGCCGUCAUCACGCUGGCAGGGUUGCUGUCAGCUGCGGGCGCCACGGAGCAGCCGGACUUGAGCCAGCACCGCAUCCUCUUCAUGGGCGCCGGGGAGGCCGCUAUUGGCAUUGCCUCCUUAAUCGCGCACUAUGCCCACGCGCGGCACGGCGUUCCCGAGAAGGAAGCGAGGCGAACCUGCUACUUUGUCGACACGCACGGUCUGGUCACUGUGGAGCGCAAGGACGGCCUGGCCCCCCACAAGCUGCCCUUUGCCCACGAGGGCCUGGAGCCCGCGGCCGACCUGCACGCCGCCAUUCGGCAGCUGCGGCCCACCGCGCUUGUGGGAGUCAGCACCGUCAAAGGAGCAUUCGAUAGGCAGGCCCUGCAGCUGAUGGCUGAAUUCAACCCUCGGCCAAUCAUCAUGCCCCUCAGCAACCCUGACUCCAAGUGCGAGUGCACCUUCGAGGAGGCUUUCCGUGGCACAAAUGGCCGCGCACUAUUCGCCUCGGGCAGCCCCAUGCCGCCAUACACUGAUGCGGACGGCAAGAAGCACACCCCAGCCCAGGCCAACAAUGUAUACGUGUUCCCGGCGGUGGCGCUGGCCGCAGUCUUGGCGUCACCGCGGGCCAUCACGGACGAGCUCCUGCUGGCGGCAGCCGAGGCCGUCGCAGGGCUCACCACCCCAGAAGAUGCGGCGCGCGGAGAGUGA